AUGGCUGUGCCCACCCCACUGCCCCCGAGCCUGCGCCGGGGCCUGGUGGCCUUCAGUGGCUCCCUCUUCAUCAACAACAAGACGUGGGACAGCGGCACUGCCCCCAGCUCCCAGCCAGCUCACAAGGUGCUGUCCAGCCUGCCCCUCCAGGUAAUGCUCUACUUCAACGUUUACUACUUCCCAGUCUGGUGCCUGGCUGAGGGGAUUAUGCUGCACCUGAAGUACCACCUGCUGCCGUGGCACUAUCAGUUCCUGCUGGUCACAGCCUUCCUCAUCCUCUCGCUGGCUGAGGGCUCCCGCCUCUACCUGGGCUACCUGGGGAACCUCCAGGAGAAGGUUCUGAUCCUGCAGGUGCCUGAGCUGGCUGGGUUCCUGCUCCUCUCCUUCCUGAUCCAGCUGCCCCUGCUGCUCUUCCUGCUGUCAGACAGGCAGGUCAUCCACCUACCGCUGGAGGUGCCCCUGCACAGCUUGUUCCUGGCCUUCCUCCUCCUCGAGAUCGUGGCUGCCUUCCUGGUGCUGAGGACUAUGACCAAGCAGCUGGCGGCACAGUUCUACCUGCGGCAGUUCCAGGAGGGUGGCAGGGGCCGGCUGGAGCCUGGGGGCACAGGGGGACAGGCAGCCGGGAUGGGCUGA